AUGCGAGCACAAAGCCGGCGUGUAAAACGUCUGCACAUACUCAUUUUCAUAGUCGACAUAUUUAGUCCAGAGGGGGCGGAAUUGGGAGAUAGCAAUAUCGAGCCAUGGCUUCAUAUUCCCAUUGAAGUGUAUGACAGCAGCAUUGUUGAUCUCAUCCAUGCUUAUGCUCGGGUGAUCAGACCUGGCGGCAGGGUCCCCAAUUUCCACAGUGUCCGAUUCUCGUUCUACGAAAGAUUGAGCAAGCAAAAUCAGCCUCACAAGAAAAUUCUGCCAGUAGUGAUACUCCUCAGUGCACUUCUCCCUCCUCCAAGCAUCCAAAUCAAAGAAAUUCAUACCAUAAGCCCAUGCACAAGCCUUGGGACUAAACUUGGCUUUGAUGAGAGGCCGAGUUCACCACAACCGAGGCUGCUAUCACAUUAUCAGAAAAUAUUGCAUAAUGAUAAAGCUUUGGAUCCUCAAUCUCGGGAUUCUUUGGCCUCAGCAAUCACUUGUCGGGUUAGCUUAAUUCGUUCUUUCACCUCCUUCUCGAAACGUCUCAGCACAGACUCAUCGAUUGAGUUUGCAUCUAAAUCAAACAAUGCACGGUGCGAAGGUCUCGAGAUUAGGCAGCGUAAGCCAAAGCUAGAUUUCUGUGGUCUUCUGCUUGUUUCCGGAUCUGAUCCAACCGUGGCUUCAAAGGAUCUGAUUUCAAUGCUAAAAUUGAUCUACGAAGAGAUGAUGGCUGGGAUUCAGAAGAACCCAAGGAGAAUCCCUAAAAUUGAACAAAAUGAAAAGCAGAAACUUAGCUCAUUUGCUAAGUAA